UCUUUGCUCAACAGCUUUCAGACGAAGAAGACGAAGACUCACGUGGACCAAUGAGAGCACAGGGGGCAGUGACUUCGGAGGACAGCGCAGUGUACCCGGUUUAUGUCUGCUUGACUCGGAACCAUGAAGCUGACGUCCAGCUCUGCUGCUGGACCCGCGCUUCUCUUGUUGCUGCGUUGCUGCCAGAUAGCGAGCAUUGUUGGUCAAAAGUCUGACUGUGCAUUAACUGUGGUGAAGAAUGCAGGAGGGAUGGAGGGAGGAGGUGCUGAUGAAGAAGCAGAGGUGACUGUUGAUGAAGGACAUUUAGAGGUGGUCCAACCUACUGAGGACUGGCAAACGCUCAAACCAGGCCAGGCAGUGCCAGCAGGGUCCCAUGUGAGGCUGAAUCUGCAGACGGGGCAAAGGGAGGUCAGACUGGGAGAAGAGCAGCUUAAAUAUUGGACACAAGAACACAGAGAGACAGAAGGGAUCCAGUCCACCAUCAGUCCUGAUGAACUCAAAUGGGCCAUGAAGAAGAUGGAGGAACUGAACCCAGAACGCAAAGACACAGACUCUGUGGCAUCCAAGUACCGUCCCCUGGACGAGUUAAAGAGAGACUUGGCUCAGCUCGACCUGCUGGUGGAGACGGAUGUUCAGAUAAUGAAGCGCCUGCUGGACCAGUUUAACAGCAGCAACUCGACCACAGAGCAGAAGCUGAGCAUCCUGCUGGAGCUGGAGUAUCUGGUGCAUCAGGUGGAUAACGCUCAGACCCUGUGUUCAAUGCGGGGUCUCCAACUCAUUCUAGAAGGUCUGAACAGCACGGACAUCAGAUUGCAGGAAAGCUCUGCCUUUGUUCUGGGAUCUGCUGUGUCGAGUAACCCGGUGGUACAGGUGAAGGCGGUGGAGAGUGGGGCUCUGCAGACGCUCCUAACCAUACUGGCCACUGCACAGCCACUCAGGGUCAAAAAGAAGGUUCUGUUUGCAGUGGCCUCCCUCUUACGUAACUUCCCCUACGCACAGCGCCACUUCCUGUCACAUGGAGGGCUGCAGGUCCUAUCAGAGCUGUUCAGGGCAGAUGGAGGUGGAGUUCUGCGUACACGCAUUGUCACCAUGUUGUAUGACAUGAUCAGCGAGAAGGAGCUGAUCUCUCAGACUGGUCUGGACCUGGUGCUGGAUGCCUCCCAUGAAGAGCGGGUGCAUCAGUACUCUAAGGUGUCUCUGCAGGGGGAUCUGCUUGAGAAGGGCUGGUGCAGUCUGGUCCCACAGCUGCUGGAGUCCACUGAGCAUGACUACAGAGAGAAGGCUCUGCGGGCUUUGUUGGCGAUGGCUCCCAUGUGUUUGGAUCAGUACCGCUCAGACAGCUCUCUGCUGGGCUCUCUGCUCUCUCUCAGAGACCAGUACCAGGAAAUGAUCCAGUCAGAAAUGAUUGUAGGAGAGGAGAACAGCUACUUUGCAGAGAUUGUAGAACUUAUAAAUGCUCUACAAGUCCAAAUGAAAUAAUGAGAUGGCUGCACAAUGCAGAGAGAGAGAGACUUUGGACUGCGGGGAUGAAACCACCACUCUUCAAACUCAUGGAUGCAACUCAAGGACAAGGGACGCACCUUUAGUACACAAUUGUUGGGCUGGCCCUGUAGAUGGUGGAUGAGCUUGACCUGCCAAAUUUGACUGGAACCUUUUUUGGAUGCUGGUGGGAUCAUGAGAAUAAAGUUGUAUUUUUUAA